CUGCAACCUUCUCCGCUGCAACUGCCCCGGCUGAAACCUUCACCGGUGCAGCUGCCCCGGGUUGCGGCUGCUGUGCUGCGGCAUUCUGAGCCGCAGCUGCUGUGCUGCAGCUGCAAAGCUGCAACUGCAAAGCUGCAUCCCCCCGAGCUGCAUCCCCCCUGGCAGCCUCCCCCAAUCCCGCUGCAGCCAUGGAGCUGCCGUACUCGGCGCUGCGGGCCGUCCACCACGCGCGGGAGGCGGAUGAGAUGCGAACAGAAGCUCGUCGAAAAAACCUCCUCAUUCUAAUUUUGCAUUAUUUAAUGGAGGAAGGGUAUGUGGAUGCUGCAAAUGCUUUGGAACAAGAGACGAAAUUAAAUUUACGAGGCUUUGAAGUUUGUGACAACAUUGAUCUUGAGACAAUUUUGAUGGAAUAUGAAAGCUAUUACUUUGUAAAAUUCCAAAAGUAUCCUAAAAUUACCAAAAAGUUCCUGGACACUGCAGAAAAUAAACAACAGCUGAGAACAGGAGUAAGACCAAGAAGGACAGCAAGCUUUUCGCAGACUCUCCCAAAGCUCAAACAUCAGACAGUGCAACGACCAUUGUCAAAAACUUCACCCGGGAGUACAACAGAACUGAAAUCAUCCACCAAGGAGAGCCCCAAACAGAAAAGUGAUGGUGCAGUUCCUCUGGAGAAGCCUGACUUCGGCUUAAGCAUCUCAGCAAUCAACAAAACUGGAGGAGACAGCGCUCACCCAAGGAGGAGCCAAAUAGUUGACUUCCAUGGGACAAUCCAGGAUGCUGUCAAAAUAUCAUCAAAUGGAAUAGCCUUGAAUAGCCUUAAUUAUGAUCCAGAUCCAUCAGAACGAUUAUUGAAACCCCUUAGUUCUUUUAUCGGAAUGAGUGGCGAGAUGAGAGAACUUGCAACAGUUGUAAGCAAAGACAUUUAUCUCCACAAUCCAAAUGUGAAGUGGGAUGAUAUUAUUGGACUGGAUGCAGCUAAAAGGCUGGUCAAAGAAGCAGUUGUUUAUCCCAUAAGGUACCCCCAGCUAUUUACAGGCAUUCUGUCUCCUUGGAAAGGAUUAUUGCUGUAUGGACCACCAGGUACAGGAAAAACUUUGCUUGCAAAAGCUGUUGCCACAGAAUGCAAAACAACCUUUUUCAACAUCUCAGCAUCCACCAUUGUCAGCAAAUGGAGGGGCGAUUCAGAAAAACUUGUCCGGGUGCUAUUUGAGCUUGCCCGGUACCAUGCUCCUUCCACAAUUUUCUUGGAUGAGCUGGAGUCAGUUAUGAGUCAGAGAGGCACUGUUUCUGGUGGUGAACAUGAAGGAAGUCGGCGGAUGAAAACAGAAUUACUGGUGCAGAUGGAUGGCUUGGCCCGAUCUGAUGAUCUUGUAUUUGUUUUAGCAGCUUCCAAUCUGCCAUGGGAGUUGGAUUCUGCCAUGCUGCGGCGCCUGGAGAAGAGGAUUUUGGUUGACCUCCCAAGUAAAGAGGCACGGCAGGUGAUGAUCCAGCACUGGCUGCCUCCUCUGAGCAACAGUGGAGGAGUGGAGCUGAGAACCGAUCUGGACUACAGCUUGCUGGGCCAGGAAACAGAGGGGUACUCUGGAUCGGACAUAAAGCUCGUGUGCAAGGAAGCAGCCAUGAGACCAGUGAGGAAAAUCUUCGAUGCACUUGAAAAUCAUCAGCCAGGUAACAGUAACUUACCCAUGAUCCGAUUAGACACCAUCACAACAGCAGAUUUCCUGGAUGUGAUCGCCCACACCAAGCCAUCGGCAAAGAACCUGAGCCAGAAGUACACAGCUUGGCAGAGAGAAUUCGAGUCGGUCUGAAAAGAGAAAACCCUGAAAACCAAAAAAUUCCAAGACUUUUGCUGUUCAACAUGGCAUCGCCCUAUCUCCAAAGGAUCGAAGGGGAAGGCAGUGCUGUUUUUUUCCAGGAAAGGGAAUGCGUUGUGAAAUGCACUUUCAAACUAUAAGGGUUGGGUGAUGGUUAUUUUUCAUUAGCCAUUUUCAGUGACCACUCAGAACACGUCCUUGAUGGAAUUAAUGUAACGGCAGUUGCUGUGUCAUGAAGACUCCAGCCUUAAUUUUAUGUAUAAAGACUUAAAAGACUGAUUUGCUUCUUGGUCUUUAUUCAUGACAGUUGUUUGCAGGUUUGGGGUAGAAGAACUGGAGCAGAAAGCUUGUUGGGAACAGUCAGAUGGUCAGUGUAAGCCUCCCCUCCCAAGACUCACCGGAGCAUCAUGAUCAGCGCAGCUUUAGCAGCAGAGAUCUGCACCAUUUUUAAUGAAACCAAAUUAAAAUUCGGGACCUUAGCAUUGCUUUGGAAUUUGAUUCAUUUGCUGCUGGUUUCACUGGAGGGCAAAGCCUGAUGUGCCAAAUGUAGCACUUUCCCAUUGGCCUGGGGCAUUUCCAACAUGGAGAAGGAAUGAGAGGAGAUUUGCAGAAACCCAGCAGAUUUUGGCAAGUCUAACUAGAAACUGAAUUGGUGGUUCACAGACAGCUGUAAAAUGCAAACAGGGAGCCUUUGUGGCAUAGUGGUAAACACAAGCCAAGCUGGACACUUUUCCACCUAUGAAUGUGGCCAGAGAAGCAGCCAGGACUGCCAUGGGUCCUGCAGUCUUGUUCUUUAAAUUCUAUGAAUUCCAUAAUAAUAUAUAGAAGUUCUAAUCAGCCACGUAUCCAGGCUCCUGUGUCCCAUUGCUGCCUUCCCUCUUGUUCAGCCAGAAGAGUUACCCUUUCUGCAGUGCUCCCAGUAUUCUACCUGUGUGCCCUUGGAUGCGGCUGCUUUUCCAAGUACCAUGUCUUGCAUGAUUUCUGGCACGCUCCAGGACCUCUGGAGCGCCGGCAGCCGCUUCCUUGUUCUAGCAUCACUCAGGUUGUCACAAACCUUUGCAGGCAGUGCCUUCGCAGGGGUUUCCCAACAGAUCUCUUGCCUCCUGAAGUCAACUCUGACCGCGGGCCAAAGACCUCCCUGACAGACUCCCAAGUAGAAACCAACACGGGCUCAAAACUGCUGGUGUGAACAGCAGAUGUGUGAACGUAUUCACGAUAUAUUCACUGGACGUGGAUCUGUUGGAGCGAGUCCAGAGGAGGCUACAAAGAUGAUCUAAAGGCUGGAGCACCUCUCAUACGAGGACAGGCUGAGAGAGUUGGGGUAGUUCAACCUGGAGAGAUGGUUGCAGGGAGACCUUAGAGCAGCUUCCAGUACUGAAAGGGGCUCCAGGAAAGCUGGAGAGGGGCGUUUUAUCAGGGAGUGCAGGGAUAGGAUGAGGGGGAACAGUUUUAAGCUGAAAGAGGGGAGAUUGUGAUGAGAUAUAGUGAAAUGUUUUCCUGUGGGGCUGGUGAGGCCCUGGCCCAGGUUGCCAAGGGAAGCUGUAGCUGCCCCAUCCCUGGAGGUGUUCAAGGCCAGGUUGGAUGGGGCUUGGAGCCCCUGAUCCAGUGGGAGGUGUCCCUGCCCAUGGCAGGGGGUGGAAC